GGCAGGCAGAGGGGCUUCACUAGCAGACACAGUGGCCAGGCAGCCAGUCAAGGACGAGGAGGAGAUAACAUCAAGAUGCCGAAGACUGAGGAAACUGUGUUCCAUAAUGAUCCCAGUGUAGCAGAGAAUGGGGCCCCUGAGCCUAAAACACCAGGGCAGAGCCAGAAAAGCAAGAGUUUCUGUUUACAUGACCAGUGUCCUGAUCUGAUAGAGACAGUUAAUGAAGUUUCCAAGCUGAGCAUUGCACAUGAAAUCGUAGUAAACCAAGAUUUCUACGUGGAAGAGACCAUUUUACCUCCAAACAGUGUAGAAGGCAGGUUUGCGGAGGCAAUGUACAAUGCUUUUUGGAACCAUCUGAAGGAACAACUAUUGAGUACUCCUCCUGACUUCACCUGUGCUCUUGAACUUCUAAAAGAUGUUAAGGAGACCUUGCUAUCACUGCUAUUACCAUGGCAGAACCGCCUAAGAAAUGAGAUAGAAGAAGCUCUGGACACAGAUCUCCUCAAGCAGGAAGCAGAACAUGGGGCCCUGGAUGUCCCUCAUCUUUCUAACUACAUUCUCAAUUUGAUGACUCUGCUAUGUGCACCAGUUCGAGAUGAAGCGAUACAGAAACUAGAGGCCAUAACAGAUCCAGUGCAGUUACUGAGGGGCAUCUUCCGUGUUCUGGGCCUAAUGAAAAUGGACAUGGUGAACUAUACCAUCCAGAGCUUUCGACCUUACCUGCAGGAGCAUUCCAUCCAGUAUGAACAAGCUAAAUUCCAGGAACUCCUUGAUAAACAGCCCAGUCUCCUCGAUUAUACCACAAAAUGGCUAACCAAAGCAGCCACAGACAUCACUACACCAUGUCCGAGUUCUCCUGACUCACCUAGCUCCUCUCGCAGCGUGGCGUGUUCACUUCCAAACGGGGCAGGUAACAACUCAGAGCCCCCGAGUCCAACAAUGGUGCUAUACCAAGGCUACCUGAACCUCCUCCUCUGGGAUCCUGAGAACGAAGAAUUCCCUGAGACUCUGCUGAUGGACAGAACCCGGCUCCAGGAAAUGGCGUUCCAGUUGCACCAGUUAACUGUCCUGGCCUCAGUCUUGCUAGUGGCCAGAAGCUUCUCUGGUGAAAUUUUAUUCAGCUCACCUGAAUUUGUGGAUAGACUGAAAUGCAUCACCAAGGCCCUAACUGAGGAAUUUAUCUCCAGGCCUGAAGAGACUAUGCUGAGUGUGAGUGAACAGGUGUCUCAGGAAAUCCAUCAAGGCCUUGAGGACAUGGGCCUCACUACUCUGAGCAGUGAAAACACAGCAUCUCUUCUAGGCCAACUCCAGAACAUCACCAAGAAAGAAAACUGCAUUCGGAGCAUUGUUGAUCAGCGGAUCCGUUUGUUUCUCAAAUGCUGUUUGCUUCAUGGCAUGCAGGAGUCUCUGCUACACUUUCCUGGAGGCCUCAUUCUCAUCGAAAGGGAGUUGGCAGAACUGGGCUGGAAGUUUCUCAAUCUGAUGCAUCAUAAUCAGCAGGUAUUUGGCCCAUACUAUGCUGAGAUCCUAAAAAACAUCAUCCAUCCAGCUCAAGCACAAGAAACAGUUGUGGAGCAUAACUGAUAGUGCUGGACCCCAGCCAUGGCAACAGGGAUCCAGGAGAGAGAGGUCAGCAUGUUUCUGGGAGGACAUCACCUGUGGUUAGUCGAACACUCAGCCCUCUUCCUUGCUACAACCAGGACACAGGGAUGCAGGGGUCAAGCAUGUAAACACCAAAUGGCCCAAUCCCCUUCACUAAUAAACUUCUGAGCUGCAAGAAAA